AUGGCUAAAUCCACCUCAUCGACGUUUGAGGAUAGACGACGAGAUGGUGUUUCUGACCUUAUAUUGGAGAAACUGUCCAAAACGAAUACAUUCGACUCUGACUGGCCGACAUUACGUGAACAUCUUCAUCAAUCACUGACAUCCGCACUCCCCUUAUUCCUAUCAAGAGGACCUCCACGUCCUUAUAGACCACCUGAAUCACCGAUCAUUGGACCCGUACCUAUCACAGUGGAUUCGUUGAAACCUUCAACCGAAGAAGACGAGGAAGGGGGCAAACCACCUUCAGAAUCCUUGUUACUUUCACCUUCUCAAUCGACCUCAAUUACAACCUCAGAUUCGGCCUCGACUCCUGAUAACUCAACACGAGCGACGACUGGAAUAGGAGGUGAAGAUGGAGCCGGUCUGAGAUCGACAGAAGUUGAACCUUCAGCAACUCCAAGUUCAGGUAGAUUAGAAAGUUUGAUGACUUUAGAUGAUUUUCAACCUUCAACCAGCGGUGGUUUAGUCAUACCGCCAUUCCCUCCGCUAGAUCGGAAUAGACGAAGGUCAGAUUCGACUCCCGGACCAUCAUAUUCCGGAGGUCAGAUAGUAUCACCGAGAUUAAACGGUAUGCGAGGACAGAGAAUAGUCACUAUAGGACCGGCUGUUAUGGAUGAUGAAUACGAUGAAGAGACGACUAUCGGUGGGAAGAUAUUACCAGCUUGGAUGGAUCAGGAAGAGGGUCAAAAGGAAUUAGACAGACUAGUGAACAUACUAGAAGAUAUGGAUUCACCACCUUUCACACUUCAACGCCUAUCAGAACUUCUUCUUGACCCCACAAAACACCAUACAACAUUUGGAAAAUUUCUACGUGCUAUUGAAAAAUCAUUACUAGUAACUACAUCGUGGACAAUACCUUCAUAUGUUCCUCUUCCUAUACCAACUUUCACAUCUACUCCUCAUUCUAUAGGUGAAAUAUCCUCAUCAUCUGGAUCUGGAUCUGUGCAUGCAGAGAAUGGGUUUGAUAUCGAAUCGACAAUGCCACCCGGAUCAACUACACCGAUGUUUAGUCCUAUACCAUUCCUAAGUCAAACUCAGAAUGAUGAUUUAUCGCUUGGUGGUAUAGAAGGUCUAACAAAUGGGAAUGCCAGUGGUCAAAGAAGUUUAGAUGAUGGUUUGAUGUCUCCUUUGAUGUUGAAUGAAGAUUCAAUGUUUGGUGGUCCAUCCUCUUCUUCCUCUUCAUCAUCUGUAAAUAAUCCAAGAUCCCCGACUCCCGAACCUGAAGAAGCAGAACCUGAACCCGCUUCAAACGACAUGUUUCAAGACGCCGAUAUAGAAAGAGAAGAUGUAGAAAUGACAUCGACAUCUUCUUCCAACGACAGUCAAUCAAGAUCAGUUGAUACAUCAAGUGAUAAUCAAUAUGAAUCAAUUGAACAUUCGGAUCCUGCACAUCAAUCAUAUCUAGGUAGAGUAGAUGAACUAGAUACUGGACCUAUAUCACUUUCUCCACCUAUACAUAAUACAGAUACUAAAGGAAAUACAAGUCCAAUCAAAAACAAAAACGGUACUCACGCACAUGGACAUGAAGAUAUGCAAGUACCUGUACCUGGAACGGGUGAAGGUGGGAAUAUGACUCCUCAUGGUAUGAGUGAAAAACCAGUUCCAAUAUCAAGUACAACUGUACUCAAACCCGAUGAAGAUUCGACUUUGGCUUCAACUUCGAGUAGGACAAUAGCUUCUUUACCCAGAAGUGCAAGUGAGAAAAGUUUGAGAGAUAGAUUCGUUUCGGCAGGUUCUGACGCCGUUCCUGGUACUCAAGAAGACGAAAUAAAGGGGGAAGAUGAGAUAGAAGAAUAG